AUGUUUGAAGAAUAUGAAGAGACCAUAUUUGAAGAAAAUAGAGAGGUCAUGCUUAAAUUUUAUAUGUCUCAAUCCUUAACCACUAAUGAAAGACAUGCACUUCUCUUCAAUAUUGGCAAACCAUUUAAAGUUUCAAUAUAUGAUUUUGAUAAUGAAUGGUGGCUACUUGUUUCAAAUAUUUGGAUCAAG